GGUUUGUCAGUGGUAAGGAAUAGCCGCAGUGCCUAGUGGCAGUUUAUCCCAGAUAACAAUCCACCCUUACUGGGUGUCAUAAUCCCAACAUCUGCAGUCACCAUAAAGGGUUAAUCUAAUAAAGGCUCAGGACCUAACAUGGCUCCAGGAAAUAAGCCAGAAACCUUUAAAAGCAGUUCCCUAUCCACCAGACGUCCUGUAAAUUCAGGAACCAAGAAAAAGAAAAGGGUAAAAAAGAGUGCAAAGGGGAAAUCUCGUGAUGAUCAGCAGAGUGUUCGUUGUAUGAGCCCACUGGUGUACAACCCAGAGGCAAGUCUCCAGGAACUAAUGCAUAAAUACCAGAAAGAAACUGAAGACAUGAAACUGAAAGAUCUGCACGAAUAUGAGUCUAAUAGACAGAAGAACCAAAAGGUUGCUGUUAGGAUGGGGCUUUCUAAUCGUAUCAGUCGCUUUGAAAUUCCAAUGGAUAUGAAAUUGCUGGAAAGUAUUACUGUCCAGGAAUAUCUCAGACAAUACUGCCAUGUGUGUAAACGAAGACAGAAGUACUAUAAAGAUUUCUUUGACAAAUUUGAUAAAGACAAAGAUGGGCUUCUUUCUCUCAUGGAGACAGAAUGUGCUUUGAACAACCUAUAUUUCAAUGAAAUCCAUCCCAGACAAGUAAAGGAUCUAAUGACAAAAAUAGCAGCUGAGGAAAACUCCAAAUUUGACCCAGAGCUCUUCUUUGCACUUUGUGCAUUAUCAGAACGUCUUUUCUAUGCAACAUUUGAUACAGAAGAUACUACUGACAAGUACACAGAGAAACAAUGGUUGGAAACUGCAGACUUAUCUGCCAUCACCUGGAAAUUUGCAGGCUUUAAUAUUAACACAACACUGAAAAACCUCCUUGAUGCUUUAGUAUACACGUCUUAGGAGUUUAAACAGACUGAGCGCACACAGUGCAUGCACUGAUAUUACGCUGUCCAAGCAACUUUAAUGCGCACUGUGACACUUAUCUAGAAAUUUCUCAGUUGAAAUGAAAUUCCCCUGAAAUACCGUAUAUACUCGAGUAUAAGCCGACCCGCAAAUAAGCCGA